CGGCCACCAUUUUGGGCCGACACAUCAAGCAGGCCAACGCGCAGGCCGGCCUAAGCCCAAGUAUGUAUUGGGCCCGGAGCCCAACUCGUGUCGGCGACGACGAUAAGCCGAGGCCGGCGGCCGGCGGCGGAGGGAGGAUCGGGGUGGGUGGCGCAGCGGCGACGGAGAGAGAGGAAAUGCGGGCGGGGUGGCGGCCAUGGCCAACCCAACCAAGCCAAGUAGCCGCACGACCCAACCAACUGCGCCGCCGCUGCGCCCUCGUCGGCUGGCUCCUCCUGGCGAGUGGAAUGGCCCAGUUUUGCUACUACUGUUGCUUCCGACGACACAGGGAGAGAGGAACUCAACACUCGUCGGAUUCGGACUCUCUGCGGCAACAGGUUUCAGGCAGGCAUGACAGGAGCAGUUUCCUUCUUGGAUUCAGAUUCCCGUUCAAUUUCGGAUUCGAAGCCGUCCUUGCCUUGUUGCCUAUAAGUGUAUACACUAUCCAGGGCCAAGCCCAACUCAACUUUUUUUUUUUCAUCUUGCAAGUAGAAGCAGUGAUCUGAUGGCGACCUGCAUCGUAGCCAGCAUAAUGAGCAUAGGCAGGCUAGCUACGGCUUUGUGCUCUGCAAUCUUGGGAGCUUUGCAUAAGCUCUCAGCUCUUCCUCACAUCGAAGAAGAACAUGUUGGCGUGCUGCCAUCGAUGGUGGAGGCUGAAUUGCCGCAUCUGCCGGAGGAUUUGCUGGUACAAAUACUUUCCCGCUUGGAGAUCCCUGACUUGCUGCGUGCGAGCUCCGUCUGCUCCUCUUGGCACUCUGCAUACACCACACUACACAGCCUUGGACAAUAUAAACGGCACCAGACACCUUGCCUCUUCUACACCUCUGAAUCUGCCGGUAAGAAUGUAGGGUGUAUCUACAGCCUUGCAGAGCAGAGAACCUACAAGAUUACUCUCCCGGAUCCACCCAUCCGUGAUAGAUACCUGAUUGGGUCAUCAGAUGGUUGGCUGGUAACCAUUGAUGAUAAGUGUGAGAUGCACCUCCUCAACCCAGUCACUAGGGAGCAGAUGGCCCUCCCGCCAGUGAUCACCAUGGAGCAGGUUAAUCCCACCUACGACGAGUCGGGCGCUAUUGUCAAGUAUGAGAAUCGGAGCCAGUUCUGGCACGACGGAGUGAUGUUUUCCUCAAGGUCAAUGGGAUCCAUCAUUUCUCCUAGAUGGCAGCAGUUGUUCCUCACUGGGAGGGCUUUUGUAUUCUCUGAAACAUCGACAGGAAAGCUCCUUGUGGUGCUUAUACGCAAUCCAUUCGGUCAGCUCUCAUUUGCAAGAGUAGGGGAUGAUGAAUGGGACUACCUGCCAGAGUACGGCCGAUAUGAAGACUGCACCUACAAGGAUGGCCUGCUAUAUGCAGUCACUACGUUGGGAGAAAUUCAUGCAAUUGACCUCAGUGGCCCUAUUGCCAUGGUGAAGGUUGUUAUGGGAAAGGUCAUGGAUAUAGGGGAUGGUGACAGAAAUACAUACAUACUUCACGCGCCAUGGGGUGAUGUGCUGCAAAUCUGGAAAACAGAAGAGGACGACUACAUUCAUCCGUCAGAAGAUGAUUAUGAUGCCAUUUUGAAGAAUACUGCAAGUAUCGAAGUAUAUAAGUCUGACUUGGUGGAAGAAAAGCUUGUGAAGAUCAAUCGCUUGCAAGACCAUGUCCUGUUUGUUGGGCAUAACCAGACACUUUGCCUCCGCGCUGAAGAAUUUCCGUCUCUCAAGGCAAAUCAUGCCUACUUCACCGAUGACAGCCAGAAUUGGAUAACAGAAUUCAAGAAUAAUAGACGUGAUAUUGGAGUAUUCAACUUGGAAGAUAACAGCAGGGAUGAACUUGGGUCUCCUCAGCUUUGGUCCAACUGGCCCAGUCCGGUUUGGAUUACACCCAGUCUUGCAAAAUUGAAUUUGAUAUUGGAUAUGUAGCUGUUUUUUUUUUAAAUAUUGUUAUAGAUAUUCCUGCUUUUACCAUUUUUUGUGUGUAUCUUAUAUGCAAGUCUAAUGCCAAUUUGAGAACGCGUGAAUGGCAGCACGGUGGUAACCCACCUAGUUGUGGGGUUGCUGACCAGGGUUCAGUCUCUGGGUCUCACCAAAAAAAAGGUCCUUGAUGAGAUAACUGCUUUCAGAGUUAUAUGCGAAAAGCGUCCUUGGCAGCCAGCGUUUGGGUCUUUCUCGAUCUAAGUUCAAAGAUUUGUGGGAUGUCUCUCCCCAAUAGUUGAGUUUAAAGUCAAAUGCAAAAGAUACUUUUUCUUGGAACUAAUGUAAAUGGUAUAUUUCCUAGGUAUUAUU